AUGAGAGAAACCAUCCAACAAUCAAGGUCAAGUCCCAAAAUCAAUCCAUUGCCAAUGUUACCUACAAACUACAAGUUUCUUAGCAACUCCCUUCCUAGUUCACCUCGUAUCGGUGGUUCAUUCAAGACAAAAGACAAUAUUCAAAACCAUACGCCGAACCAUAAUUCCUCUCUAGCUCGUUCUCCUCUCACUUGUGUGUCCAAUGCUCGCCUACAAAGAAGCAAAUCGGGUGGUGAAGAUAGAUCAUAUGUACCCUAUGGAGGUUCGGAUCUUUGGGCAAAUCUUAAUAACACAAGUGAAGAUAAAUCUUCCAAGAAUCAUGGUAAUGGUAACAUUAAUAAUGGUCGAACAAUGAUGUCGAACAAAUUUAAAAAACCUACUGAAAUGGACUUCAAAUGUGGAGCUCUUUGUUUGUUCUUGCCAGGAUUUGGCAAGGCUAAGCCAGUAAGAGCAAGAAGAAUGGAAGAAAAAGAAGUUAUAAGAAAUGUGAUUUCACAAAGAGUUUCACUUGAGAAAUUCGAGUGUGGAUCGUGGACAUCGUCUGCUAUUCAUUGUGAUGAUGAUCAUACGUCUACUCUCUACUUUGAUCUUCCAUUAGAGUUGAUACGAACGAGUGUAAGUGACAAUGCUUUACCAAUGAAUUCGGCUUUUUUGUUCAACAAGGGGAGUAGUGUGAAAGGAGUUCUCAAGACAAAAACCGGACCAGUUGAAAGGAAAUCACAAGAGGGUCGUCAUGUUCGGUUUUCCACUUCUUCUCCCACCACACAACCAACAUCUCCCAUCACACCUAGAUUGAGGAAGGCCCGUGACGAUUUCAAUGCCUUUUUGGAAGCUCAAAGUGCAUGA